UUUUACUUACAAUAAUCAAGCAAGGAGGACAGUGUUUUUAUAUCUAUACAUUUGUGAAAAUGACUUAUCGUUCAUUUUUAGCCAUUUGCACUCUAUUUUCAAUAAUUCUACUAUCCAGCUCGUUGCCGAUUAGUUUAAUCCAAUACUCAGAUGGAAAAUACUCUCAAGUGGUAUCAGAUCCCUUAAAAAGAACCCAAAGAGAUGUUUUUCCUGAUACCACUGAUCGAGUAACAGAAGAUUCUACCGAUGCCAGUGAAAAUCCAGAGGCUACAACGAAAAUAGAAGUAUCUUCUGAUUUGUUGAAACUGUUCCACCGUAGUCGUAGAUCAAAUAAUGAAUUUCCAAAAUAUGAUAGCGAUGAUUAUUAUUAUGAGAAUCAAGAUUACGCCGGAUAUGAUAGAAGGGGUUAUGCUGUAGGAUACGCCGAUAAAAAUGACGAUUUUCCUACUGUUGUCUGGUAAAACCUGGAUAUUAUAUUGUUUUAUUUAUUCUAUAGUUAUAGAAAACCUGUGAUUUGUUAUUUAAAUUUAUUUAUAUUAAAAAACGGUUUUUGUAGGUACAAAUUUAUUAAUGCCAAAAAAAAAAAUUCAAUCUUUUUAAACAUUUCCCAAGUUCCGUUCUUCCUCCUUGAACAUUGCAAUGAUUAUGUUUUCCCUCGUAUAUAAUACUUAUUUUUUGGAGGUUAAUACCUAUAACUUUUACUAUAAAAAAAGUUAUUGUAGAUGCACUUUUAUCAAGGAUAGAGAUAAAAGUAACUUCAGAUAAAUUGUACUAAAAAUUUACUAGCACAAUUAAGGAAAAAUAGAUUCACUAUAGAUUUCGACCAAGUUCCUGACAGAAGAAACUGAUGACCCUUGUUUGAAUAAAUAAUGUUGCCAAAAUAAUUUUUUCUCAUUAGUCAACCCAAGUUUAAUGCAUUAUGCAAAUAUUAGUUUAAAAAUAAAGAUAUCGCUUAUUCCAUUAAUAAUAGAGUUGAUUAUAUGAAACAGUAGGAAUAUAGAAUACUUGACAUUGAAUGUUGACAAAAUGUUUGCGUACAAUUUAAGAUUCGAGAAUUAAGUAGUCAUUAAUAUGUAUUAAGAUGGCUCAUAUUUUAUUCGGCAAAUGUUAGAAUACUAGUUAACAAUUAUAAAAAAAGUAAUUUUAAGUGAUUUGAAGCGUAUAUUAUGAAGAGGUAGAAGUUUACAAAUAAUUUAUGAGAAAAUGUUAUAACUGCAAAUAUUAAAAUUACCUACUAUAGAAAGAAGCCAAUGUCAAUAUAACGUUUGCUAAAACCUACCUGGUACUAUGACUACGAUCUAAAGCCACACAAUGAAGAAACCAUUGUUUACUUUAAAACCUGAACCCUUUUUUAUUUAAACUGACUGACACAUAUUUAUUACGUGAAAUGUACAACUAUUACAAUAGGUACUUGACAGAUAAGGCAAAAGGUGAAAUGUCAUGAAUUUCUACACUCUCCCAACUUGAGUCAUCAACAAUAUGAGACUCAACAUUAAUUUUUCUG